AAGCAUCUGGGCUGAAUGGAAUUUAGCAUCAAAAGUCCUCUUUCUGUUCAGAAAGUUGUAAAGUACAUAAAGAUGAAGCAGGCACCAGAAAUCCUUGGCAAUACAAAUGGAAAGACUCAGAACUGUGAAGUGAAUCGUGAAUGUUCUGUAUUCCUCAGCAAAGCCCACCUCUCUACCAGUCUGCAGGAGGGGGUCAUGCAAAAAUUUAAUGGCCAUGAUGCCCUUCCCUUUAUUCCAUCUGAGAAGCUGAAAGACCUAACUUCCCGUGUAUUUAAUGGAGAACCUGGUGCUCAUGAUGCCAAAUUACGUUUUGAGUCCCAGGAAGGGAAAGGACUUGGGACACCACCUAACACCACCCCUAUCAAAAAUGGCUCUCCGGAAAUUAAGCUGAAGAUCACCAAAACAUACAUGAAUGGGAAACCUCUCUUUGAAUCUUCAAUUUGUGGUGACGGUGCUGCUGCUGUGUCCCAGUCAGAAGAAAAUGGACAAAAACCAGAAAAUAAGGCAAGAAGGAGCAGGAAGAGAAGCAUAAAAUAUGACUCCUUACUGGAGCAGGGUCUUGUUGAAGCAGCACUGGUGUCCAAGAUCUCAAGUCCCUCAGAUAAAAAGAUUACAGCUAAGAAAGAGUCCUGUCCAAAUACUGGCAGAGACAAAGACCACCUGUUGAAAUAUAAUGUCGGUGAUUUGGUGUGGUCCAAAGUGUCCGGUUACCCUUGGUGGCCAUGCAUGGUUUCUGCUGAUCCACUCCUUCACAACUAUACCAAACUUAAAGGUCAGAAAAAGAGUGCACGCCAGUAUCACGUACAGUUCUUUGGUGAUGCCCCAGAAAGAGCUUGGAUAUUUGAGAAGAGCCUUGUAGCUUUUGAAGGAGAAGGACAGUUUGAAAAAUUAUGCCAGGAAAGUGCCAAGCAGGCACCCACGAAAGCUGAGAAGAUUAAGCUGUUGAAACCUAUUUCAGGGAAAUUGAGGGCCCAGUGGGAAAUGGGCAUCGUUCAAGCAGAAGAAGCUGCAAGCAUGUCGGUAGAGGAGCGGAGAGCUAAGUUCACUUUCCUCUACGUGGGGGACCAGCUUCAUCUCAACCCUCACGUAGCUAAGGAGGCAAGCAUUGCUGUGGAGUCUCCGGGACAAAUGGUAGAAUCCUCAGGAGUCAUUGAAGAAGCUGCUGAUAACCCCAAGUCCAUGAGAGAAGAGGGCAUUCCCAUCAAGAGAAGGCGGAGAGCCAAGCUGUCUAGUUCUGCCGAAAACCAAGAAAGUGACCCUGGGACGGUAAAGAGUACUCCUCAGAAGAUGGCAGAAGCCGAUCCCAAGAGAGGAGUAGGGUCUCCUCCUGGAAGGAAGAAGACCACGGCCUCUGCUCCACGAAGCAGGAAGGGAGAUGCAGCGUCCCAGUUUUUGGUUUUCUGUCAGAAGCACAGGGAUGAGGUUGUUGCCGAGCACCCAGACGCCUCAGGUGAGGAGAUUGAAGAGCUGCUUGGAUCCCAGUGGGACAUGCUCAACGAGAAACAGAAAGCGCGCUAUAACACAAAGUUUGCCCUAGUGGCCUCUUCCCAGUCUGAAGAAGACUCUGGUAAUGUAAAUGGGAAAAAAAGAAACCACACGAAGAGGACACAGGACCCUACUGAAGACGCUGAAGUUGAAGAUGGACCCAGGAAAAGACUCAGGACCGACAAGCACGGUCUUCGGAAGAGAGAGACGAUCAAUGACAAGACAGCCCGAACAAGCUCUUGCAAGGCCAUUGAGGCAGCCUCCUCGCUGAAGAGCCAGGCAGCAACGAAACAUCUGUCAGAUGCAUGCAAACCACUGAAGAAGCGAAAUCGGGCGUCCACAGCAGCGUCUUCCACUCCUUUUAGCAAAAGUUCGUCUCCUUCUGCAUCCUUAACUGAGAAUGAGGUGUCAGACGGCCCGGGAGACGAGCCCUUGGAAUCCCCGGACGAGAGCGCAGAUGAAACGCAGACCGAAGUGUCCGUCUCAUCGAAGAAGUCUGAGCGAGGAGUAACCGCCAAAAAGGAGUACGUGUGUCAGCUGUGUGAGAAGACAGGCAGCCUCGUGCUCUGUGAAGGCCCCUGCUGCGGAGCUUUCCACCUUGCUUGCCUCGGGCUCUCCCAGCGGCCAGAAGGGAGGUUCACUUGCAGCGAAUGCGCUUCAGGGAUUCACUCAUGUUUUGUGUGUAAGGAGAGCAAGACAGAUGUGAAGCGCUGUGUCGUGUCGCAGUGUGGGAAGUUUUACCACGAAGCUUGCGUGAGGAAGUACCCUCUGACCGUGUUUGAGAGCCGAGGCUUCCGCUGUCCCCUCCACAGCUGCGUGAGCUGCCACGCUUCCAACCCGUCCAACCCGAGGCCAUCGAAAGGUAAAAUGAUGCGGUGUGUCCGCUGCCCGGUCGCCUAUCAUGGAGGGGAUGCUUGUCUGGCAGCCGGCUGCUCGGUGAUCGCUUCCAACAGCAUAAUCUGCACGGGCCAUUUCACUGCUCGCAAGGGGAAGAGGCACCACGCUCACGUCAACGUGAGCUGGUGUUUUGUGUGCUCCAAAGGGGGAAGCCUCCUGUGCUGCGAGUCCUGCCCGGCCGCCUUCCACCCUGACUGCCUGAACAUCGACAUGCCCGACGGCAGCUGGUUCUGCAACGACUGCCGGGCCGGCAAGAAGCUGCAUUUCCAGGACAUCAUCUGGGUGAAGCUCGGGAACUACAGAUGGUGGCCGGCAGAAGUUUGCCAUCCCAAAAAUGUCCCCCCAAAUAUUCAGAAACUGAAGCACGAGAUUGGAGAAUUCCCUGUGUUUUUCUUUGGGUCUAAAGAUUAUUACUGGACGCAUCAGGCGCGAGUGUUCCCGUACAUGGAGGGGGACCGGGGCAGCCGCUACCAGGGGGUCAGAGGGAUCGGAAGAGUCUUCAAAAACGCACUGCAGGAAGCUGAAGCUCGUUUUCGUGAAAUCAAACUUCAAAGGGAAGCCAGAGAAUCGCAGGAGAAUGAGCGCAAGCCCCCGCCAUACAAGCACAUCAAGGUGAAUAAACCUUACGGGAAAGUCCAGAUCUACACAGCUGAUAUCUCUGAAAUCCCGAAGUGCAACUGUAAGCCCACAGAUGAGAAUCCCUGUGGCUUUGAUUCGGAGUGUUUGAACAGGAUGCUCAUGUUCGAGUGCCACCCGCAGGUGUGUCCUGCAGGCGAGUACUGCCAGAAUCAGUGUUUCACCAAGCGCCAGUACCCCGAGACCAAGAUCAUCAAGACGGACGGCAAAGGAUGGGGCCUGGUCGCCAAGCGGGACAUCAGGAAGGGAGAAUUUGUGAACGAGUAUGUUGGCGAGCUGAUUGACGAGGAGGAGUGCAUGGCGAGAAUCAAAUAUGCACACGAGAACGACAUCACCCACUUCUACAUGCUCACCAUAGACAAGGACCGUAUAAUUGAUGCUGGCCCCAAAGGAAACUAUUCCCGAUUUAUGAACCACAGCUGCCAGCCCAACUGUGAGACCCUCAAGUGGACAGUGAACGGUGACACUCGUGUGGGCCUGUUUGCAGUGUGUGACAUUCCAGCAGGGACAGAGCUGACCUUCAACUACAACCUCGAUUGUUUGGGUAACGAGAAAACAGUCUGUCGGUGUGGGGCCUCCAACUGCAGCGGGUUCCUCGGGGACAGACCAAAGACCUCAACAUCCCUUUCUUCAGAGGAAAAGGGCAAAAAGACCAAGAAAAGAACCAGGAGGCGGAGAACCAGAGGUGAAGGGAAGAAGGAGUCCGAGGACGAGUGUUUCCGCUGUGGGGAUGGCGGCCAGCUGGUGCUGUGUGACCGCAAGUCCUGUACCAAGGCCUACCACCUGUCGUGCCUGGGCCUGGGCAAGCGGCCCUUCGGGAAGUGGGAAUGUCCUUGGCAUCAUUGUGACGUGUGUGGCAGACCUUCCACUUUGUUUUGCCACUUUUGCCCCAAUUCGUUUUGCAAGGAACACCAGGACGGGACAGCCUUCAGCUCCACCCAGGACGGGCGGUCCUACUGCUGCGAGCACGACUUGGGGGCAGAGUCGGCUCGAAGCGCCAAGACUGAGAAACCCUUUCUGGAGCCCACCAAGUCCAAGGGGAAGAGGAAGAGAAGAAGUGAGAAGCCGGCCCCGGGAGCAGUGGUAGAGGUAGCGUUGUCGUGAGGUGCCCCCGUGGCUCGUGCUGACGUGGAUCUGGACCGAGUGGCGCCGCGGCGUCGGCCUCCCAGUGUGGGGUCUGCGCGGCCCAGCCCCUCCCGGGCGGGCUGGGGCUGGCGCUUCUCACCUGCCUGCCUCCUGAACGCACUCGGUUCUUGCCAACAUCUGGGGGAAGACUGUGUGUAUUUGUUUCGUUUGGCUUUUCUCUACCAGUUUCUGGCUUUUAUUCUCAAUAUAUUUUUGCUAAACUUGUUUCACAAAUUA